CUGUGGAUCAGUGGGUCAGUCUGGACGGAGCUGCAGGAGGAGCGGCAGCAAUACGGACCUCAGCCCGACUCUCACUGCUUUCUGACGGAUCUACUCACCUCUGCUGCCCCGGGGCAUGCUGGGAUUUACCUGGACCUGGACCUGACCGGACUCGGGACUCAUUUACCGGAUUAAUUUCACCUGUGCGUGCGAAAGGACCGUGAAACCACCGGUUGAUAGUGGGGGCUUCAGAGGAGAGCAGUGUGAGGAUCUGAGUCUGGAUUCACUUUCUGACCGGGUCCGUUUAACCCGGGUCACUCGUCUCACCUGACCCGACCCUGCUGCCUCCUCCGCGGCAGAGCGUCCUCACGGUGUCCCGCUCCGCUCCGCAGCAUGCAGCCUUGAGCCUGCAGCUCCUCCGGACCCUGAUGCUGCAGAGCCCCUGAGGUCACAGCGGACAGUGUGACGGAGGACAUGCUGCUGUCCGCCCCCUCCAGGCGGGACAGAGCCGCUGCUGACGCGGAGGCGGCGGAGCGGCAGCGCUCGGUGCGGGAGCGGCUGGAGGCCACCGUGUCCGGGCUCGGGGAGCUGGAGUAUCUGCGGCAGCGGCAGGAGGUGCUGGUCCGGGCCGCGUUAGAGCUCCGGGAGGAGAAGGUUGUUGAGGAGGAAGAGGAGGAGGAGGAGCGGCGGAGAGAGGCUCAGCUGAGCUCCGAGGAGAAGCUCCUGGAGGAGAACAUCCUGCUGCUCAGGAAACAGCUGAACUGUCUGAGGAGGAGGGACGCUGGACUCAUCAGUCAGUUACAGGAGUUGGACCGACAGAUCAGUGACCUGCGAUUGGACACCGAGGUGUCACAUGACCAGUUGGAGACAGACAGCCGACCCAGCUCAGGUUUCUAUGAGUUGAGUGACGGGGCGUCCGGCUCCCUCUCUAACUCAUCUAACUCCGUCUUCAGUGAAUGUUUCUGUUCAAUGGCUGAAGCUGAUGGACGCCUCCUGUCUGCAGAUGAGCUGGCCAGCUGUUUGGAGUGUGACGGUUUGGUUGGAGGACUUUGCGAUGACUCGUCCUCCUCUGGUACAGUCCGCCGCUCGCUCUCAGCUCCUCACCCACCCACCCUGGACCCCGUCUCCUCAGUUGCCUCCUGUGACUCCCAGUCGAAGUACCACUGCGACCUGGUGGCCCGAAAUGGCAGUGAUAUUUACCGCUACCCGAGCCCGCUGCACGCCGUGGCCGUCCAGAGCCCUGUCUUCCUGCAGAUGUUGGGUCAUGGAGGUCCCAGCAGAGAUGAAGGGCUUCUAAAGAGCGUUGAGGCUGGUGUUGAUGCACUCAAACCAGAGUCUUCCCCUCUUCCCGCUUCAGUUUCAGCUCCUCUUGUAUCUCAGAGCUUCUUGUGGCCGGCUCCCUCUCCCUCUUCCUCCCAAACUCCUUCCCACAAGCGCCUGGACAGCUACAUCUACAGUCUGCUGCAGCGGAAGGCCCUGCCCAUCAGGACUAACAGACCCAGGACCAGCAUCAGCACUGACCCAUCAAAGAGCAUCCUGAGGCAGGCCAGUCUCUGCAUGAGGCAGCUAUCUGGGUCUGGUUUAGGAACUCUGAGGGGGUCAGAGCUCAAACCCUCGUGGGCGACUGGAGGGGUAUCAGCUGAAGGUGCCUCCACCUCGUCUCCUCAGAGGCAGUGGUCUGUGGAAAGUAAACCUGAGGAGUCAGAUGUUUUCCCUGAAGGCAGUGCCGGCACAAUGCAAAAUGGCUUCAAGAUGAACAGCAGUGAUUUGGCACAAAACCAGAACAGCUCUCCUCUUAGUGAUGGCAUCCAAAACGGCUUCUCUGUCACUAAUGUUGACACAAGCACUAACAGUCUGCUGAAACAGAAAAGCAAAAGGCUUCUCCCUCCCUCAGCAGCGUCCACAGCUACUCUGCCUAAAGACUUCAGGGAGCUGGGCAGUCCCCAAGCUAACUCCUCCCCCAAAGACACCAAGCAGCCAUGUUACUUUCCCGAGCAGGAAGUGCUCCUCAAAUCACCGCCAGUUAUCAAAACACAGUCAGCGACUCCCAAAAACAGCCCGAAGCCGCCACAGACUGUCCCCACAGAGAAGGGUGACAGGUCAGUGCCUGAGAUCGCCAGCUUAGGCUCCUCCUCCCAGAGUCAGGAUGAAGCAGGAGGAGGGAGUCACAUGGUUAAUGCCAAGCAUGUUUCUGCCCAGCGACAGAACAUCAAACUCCGCAAGGGUGGCAGCAAGAAUGUCAAGACUGUCAAGGUGAAAACCACGACUGUGAUGAGGACGAGUAAGCUGUCUGACCAUGAUGAGUCUCUGUCAGAGAGAAGAGGUGACCAGUCCCACCACAGGUCCAGCUCUAAAAAGUCCCACCUGUUAGAAGAUGGUGGUUCAAUCAACAUCAAAGUCUCCAAGAGAGCAGCUGGACAUGGCGUGUCCUCCUCUAGGCUCAAACGCCUCCCUGCAUCCAUCCCAGAAGGCCGAGUUCUGGACAAACACACCACAUCAACACUGAGCAGUGUGCGCUCAGGUGCAUCAAGGCACCAUCACCAUGGAAACCACCACCAUCAUCAUGGUCACCACCACCAUCAUGGUCACCACCAUCAUGGUCAUCAUCACGGGCGUGACCAGGUCGUGGUUGUUGCCAAACCGAAGUACAAGAGAAAUGAUUACCGGAGGUUGCGAGCGAUCAUGGAGGUACCGUAUGAUGAGGCAUUCAGGCGCGCUCAGCGGCGGCAGAGAAAGGAGCUGUUGAGUCAUUCUGCAGCCAACGCAUACCUCCCCUCCUCUGAGCAGGUGAGCAGCCCGUACUCCUACGUGGCAGGAAGUGACUCUGAGUAUUCAGCCGAGUGUGCGUCGCUCUUUCACUCCACCAUCGUGGACACCAGUGAGGACGAGAGGUCCAACUACACCACCAACUGCUUCGGAGAUAGUGAGUCCAGUGAGGAGGAGUACGUGGAGGAGAGCACCACCACCAGUGAUACUGAGGAGAGUGGAGGAGGUGGGGCCGGCGGUGGGACAGGUGGAAAGGGCAGGGUGUGGAGCCAGGUAGGGGCAUCUGGGGCCAGGGCGGCGGGGCAGGAAAUGACUCCAGCUCAGGCGAAGGCCUUCGUCAAGAUCAAGGCCUCUCACAACCUGAAGAAGAAGAUCCUCAGGUUCAGGUCGGGUUCUCUCAAACUCAUGACCACCGUGUGAGUCAGCAGCAGGCGGACAAACUGGACCACAGCCAUGUCUGCUGGUUGUCUUACCCACGCACUUCUGAUAUACCUGAGCUGAACCUGACCUGAUGGAGAGCAGACAGUGCUGUGGAAGGACAGGUGCUGCAUGGGAAAAGACACUUUUCUACACAUUUAAACCAACAUCAAGCCUCUUCAGCCUGAGAGACAAACCAGUUGGCCAUCUUUGUAAAAGCAUGUGACAUUUUUAGACAACAUCAAAGCAAACAGUCCUUUUUUCUUUGUUUACUUUCUUCUGCCUUAAGGCCUCUGCACACUGAGUCCGUUUCAUCCUAUGUUUAUUUAAUCCAUCACCCGAAAAAAGCACUACGCACACAAACCUUGCACACUGAGUCCAGUUGGCUUUGUUGUAUGUGUUGCGAAAAUUUACAGUACGAGACACAAUUAAAAGACACAUUUCUUCCCUUGCUUCUCCUCACUGCUUGAAGAGUGGGGAAUGAAAGGAUACUGUGCAACCUGUUCCUGUCAUGUUGCAGAUGUGUCUUGCCGCCACAUUUUCUUAACUGCUUCUUGCUGGAGCAACUGUCGAAAGAUGCUUGAUGGAUGCCUAAAGAUGCAGAAAAUCGAACCUGUUCCAAAAACUUUAUUGACAGACAAAAGUUUCACAGUUGAUGUGCAAACCUUAUUGACAGAAUGCAAGGUUUCAGACGGACCCAGUGUACAAAGGCCUUUACUCUUCUGGUUUUAGUCAGGAGGUACAUCUGAUGCCUUCAAACACGGCCUCCCAUGUUCACCAGUUGAGUUCAUGUGAACUACCCAGUGUUGUUGUCGUCGUGACCUUAGGUGGCACAUUAUGACCUGUGGAGGAUUGCCUCCUCUGUUGCCUUCUCUUCUUCACUAUAGCUUUUUUUACACUGCCUCGUUACGGCGGGAAAUUCACACCAUUAUGAGGUCUCACCAUUCUGUAUAAAAGGCACAGAGUUGUCUCGCCUUUUAAGCCAGGAACGGAGGUAGUAACAGUGCCAAAAAGAUGUCUAUGUAAAUGGGACAGCUGGCAUUGAUGGGAUCAUUGGCAACAUGGGGGUGAUGUUUUGACGAUAUGUUAUGCGUGCAACCCACAGCUGGAAUUUAGCCAAUAGCAGUUAGUGGCUAACUCAGAGAAGAACAGCAGCCAAAAAUGUCCACAUAUUGGGAAAACAAUGAGGUCCAUGAGCUCCUUACCCUCUGAGCAGAGGACAAGAUCAGCCCCCAUAUAACAGGGACAGUAAAUGAUCGUUGGUGCCAUGUUAAUGCCAUUGUUAUUGUUUAGAAAAGGCUGCUGAAGUAUGUAAUAUGUCGCGCUAGAGGCUGAAGCUGCUGAUUCCGCAAUGCCGCUAUGCUGUCGUUGCCAUUGUGUCGGCCUUAUAGCACGACCUCUGUGUAAAAACAGUGCUCUCACCCUACCUUCAGGUGGGGUUUUGUGGAAGUUCAAGUUUAAAGUUGAAGUGCUUUAAGUUGUGAGUCACCACCUCCCACAGUACUGGGCUGUUCACAUGGACUCUGGGUAAACAACACCAAAUGUGACGGUGCUAUACAGCGUGAACUCAUACGUUCCUGGGUUCAGACUCACUUCAUGAUAUCAGACAUGGCUGCCCAAACAAUAAACAAGUAUCACUUAAAGAAGUUUGCACACUUUUAAAACACUCUAAAGAUUUGAACCGGUGGUUCUGUCCACCCGGAUUAAACUGUGUCUCUGUGCAAGUUUCUGUUUCUAACAGCAGCCGAUCAGACGAGCCUCUCACAUCCUGCUUUCAGGAUUAAUGCAGCAUUAGAUGCUUCAGGGAAACUGCUGUUAGUAAAGAGGUUAGUUUGGGAGUUUAGAUUCAGCCAAUCAAAUUGGCCUCCUUUACUUCCUCCCUCUUUCCUGGCCCAACAAGUGCCUCAGCCGACGUUAACAUGGCUAUCAGUAAGACCUGAGAGGAAGAGUCAAGUUCUCAGUCUGCUUCAAACUGAACAGUUGGUAUGACGUGCAGCACGUCUCAGCCUCCUCCUGCUGCAUCCCAGCUCUGUCUCCAGAGUAAAAUGUUAACAAUGCACAUUUCUGCAAACCACAAAUACACAAAUUUAUGUUACAUACAUAUCAUAUUGUGUGUCUAAAGUGACGCACUAUCUAAGCUGGCUUCGUCAACACCUAGGAGAGACGCCUACCAAGCUACAAAUCACUGUUGAAGAGAACAAACAACAAAACCGGGUGUUUUAUAGUGACCUAUCACUGUGUUUCCAGCGAGGAUAGCGCCAUGAAAAGCAGUUGUUUUUUUACCAAGCCAUUGCUGCAUUUGCUGCAGCUUUUUAGCAACUAAAUGUUUGUGUUUUUAGCAACGUGUCAUUGCAUUUCCUACCGUGAUAGUGCCACCAAAUCUGAGUAUUUUAAGCCAGAACAUGAUCUUUUCAUAACCAUAACUAAGUGGUCUUUGUGCCUAAACAACUUCACAUUAACAGCAGAAUAACUAGGGUUGAAGCAAAUAAUCGGAUUAAUUGAGUAUCCAGGAGAGACAAUGUACUUGAUACACUUACAAGUCCUAUACAAGUAAAGUUUUGUCAACAUCUGUACUUGUGAUAAAGGACAAUCAUCAUUAGGGUAGCUGUGUUUAAUCUCUUUUGAUCAUAAAGGACCUGAAGCUUAAUUCUGAGAUUGUUCAGUAAACACUUUUCUAAUAAAUAAUAAAUAUAUAGCAACCUCUGCCCAACCCAUAUCAAUAUCAGGCUUAAAAGAACAACUUUCAGGUAGGCCCCACCCACUUCAGGUCCAAAUGCCGCCCAUUCCCAGUACAGAUACAAAUACAGAUCAUUCAUUUGGUUAAACAGACACAGUUACAGAUAAUGGUGUACUCGCUCAUCACUAAUAAAAACAUACAAAGGUAAUGUAUCUGUGGUUUGCAGAAAACAGUAGUUACCUGUAUGUAACUCCAGUUCUAUGAGUAUGUGCACAGCCCUCUAACAGGUGCCAAGGCGAUGCCUCAGAGGAAUAAAUUAACAGCGAAUCCCAUUACAGAGCAGAGCACAUACGAAAUAGAACGUACACUGCCAACAUUUCUGGUGAUUGGGUUGUGCCUCCUACUGCCUCCAUGGUAUCGCUCCAAAAAUUCCCUGUGGCAGCAUCAUAUAUUAGUGUAGAAAUACUGGUUUGUUAAUGGGGCUCUCCACUAAAUGGUUUUACGGAACGUGUAUUUGAAUAGCUAAUUUUUGCCCCGGGUCCCAGAGCUGGUUAAUCCAGUCCGGCUUUGUAGUUUUGAGGCCAUAAACCAUAUAAAUGAGGAUAACAACGCUCACUGAAGGGAUUUCAGAAGCUGCUGAAAAAUCCAACGAGCUUUGAAUCAUGCUGAUACCUUCAGUGUCUGUGGGACUAAGUUUUGUGGUCUCUGGUGGAAGUGGGGCUGUAGUCAGGUUCUCCAGAAAGAUGUUUGGAAAGUUCUCCAGGUGGUUCUUCAAAUGUUUUUUAAGACGUCUCUUUAGAGGGUUCUUUAGAAGGUUGUGCAGAAGGUUCUUCAGAUGAUCCUACGUUGUGUUGAGGGUUGUAUCCUGCGGCAGUAAUCUCCUUAUUUCCUGCACUUUGAGACAAACUGUCAGCAGACAGACAGACGGUGUAACCCUGUUAAUCUGGUUUUUGUAUGUAGCCUUGUUUUGUAUUUAUUAUCACAUGAUCUUUGCCUUUGGUUGUAGCGCACCGGCACGGCACGCCAAACGUCUGUACAUGCUUCUCUUUUUAUUACACAGUUCUGGUUUACGUUGUUAUUUUUUAUGAAAGCUAUUUAAACCUAAUAUAUUUGCUUAUUGGAUACCGCACAUGGUACGGACUUACAGCUGGUCGAGCUGCAGUAUAUAACAUUUAUACUCAAAGUCUGAUGUGUCUUUUUUUAACACUUCCACCACUGAUGCCACGAUAAUCUUUUUAUACAGCAUUUAGAUGUUCGAGUGAAAAACCAGACCGAUGUUUUUUUUUUCGAGGUUUUUAUCGUCACUGCUGAGGUGGAAACCUUAUCUUCAUUAUUCUGCUUUCAGAUCAGUAAAAUGAGACCUUUUUGGAUAAUGUAAAAAAGAAAUAAAUCUGAACCAUCCAACAGGAAGUUUUCUUGUUUACAAAAACAACCAGAUGCCUUUCAGGUACAUGAGGAUUUAACCAUUUUCACCCUCUUUACGUUAAUAUCAGAAUGCAUUGCUGUUUUUUUUUCUAUCAAAUCUGCUACCAUAUGAAAUGGGUCAUUGAAAUGCUGUUGACACCUCUGGUCAAACUCAAACUUUGCCUGGUUUUAGCCGAUACAGACAGAUGUCUUUUCACCAACAUAACAUUCACUAUCAGUUCAGUUCUAACUUUCAUUUUAUGAGUUGAAGGAACAUUUUUCUGUUUGUGUUUCUGUCGUCUCAGAUGUGUCAGACAGAUGCUAACACUUUUAUCUUUGGCUACAUGGUUGAUGCUAUGGUAGCUGCAAAUAGUUAGCAUAAAUAAUACGCAAACAACAUCAGCUCCCUGCAAACAGCUAGCAUAUUAAAUGUUAUGUUAGCUGUUUCAAGCUAACAGGUGUUAUACUAAGAUGUUUUUAGCUUAGCUUAGCACAAAGAAUGGAAGCAGAGGGUACUGUUAGCCUAGCUCUGUGAAAAGAGAAAGAAUCUACCUUCCAACAGCUAUAAAUCUGUCAGAUUGCGUGUUUUCAACUAAAAGGUGUUUUCAGGUCUUUUCAGAUUUACGUCUUGUCUUAGCUUAGCUUAGCUUAGCUUAGCACAAAGAUUUGAACGGGGUAAACUGCUAACCUAGCUUUGUCAAAAGAUAACGAAUCUACUUUCCCCACAGCUCCAAGUCUCUCGGAUACAUGUUGUUAAUUAAAAAGGUGUUUUAGUUUAGCUUAUUUUAGUUUAGCAUUAAGACAUGAAGCAGGUGGAAACUGUUAGCCUAGCUUAUUCAAAAGUAAAAAGAAUCUACCCUACAUCAACUCUGAUUUACAUGCUGCUAAUUAAAUAUAUGUUUUUAGCUUAGCAUAGCUUAGCUUAGCUCAGUUUAGCUUAGCACAAAGACUGGGAGCAGGGGGAAACUGUAGCCUAGCGCCACCAAAAGAAAAAGAGCCUA